GAUUCCAAAAAGAGAUAUCGACUUGAUGACAGAGAAAUGGGUAGUUGAUGCCGCUGUGGAGGUUCUGCUACGGUUUCCUCUGUUGCCGGGAGAGGAUCCAAGUGCCCGCUGUGUCCCGAUUAAGAAAUGUCGGCCUUCAGUGGUCCAGCCUCACAGAGCUUCACAAAGACCUGGAGUCCAAGAGGAGAGAAAACUGAACAGUCAAUUCCCAAGGAAGAAUGACCAGAAGCCCAAGGACAUGAGGCAGAUAAAAGGUCACAACAUUCACAAUCCACCCCAAAGACCCCCUACGGCCCAGAAUGUGAAGCCACUACAGAGGGAACCAGUGGGGCAGAAGACUCCCUUCUCAGGAGAGAAGGGUACCAAGGUGAAAUGCAGGAACUGUGGAGCCUUUGGACACUUGGCCAUCAGCAAGUGGUGCCCCAUGAAGUCCUGGGGUGGGGCCCUUGCUCCCCAGCCUUCGGGCUCCAAUAAGAAGGAGAAUCUGAAACCCAAGAACCCCCAGGACCUCCAGACUCCAGGGUCCGUCAACACGGCUGCCAGAGAGAAGGAACCAGAACUGAGGCAAGAGGAACGGCAGAGAAAUCCUCUACCACAGACGUGUCCCGGGAGACGCCAAGAGAAGAGGAAGAGACCCUGGAAGGAAUCCGUGGAAUCGUGUGCCUUUGUGAGGCAUCCCACCCAGCCAAUGCCUGUCCAAACGUCCAGGAGGAGAUCUGUCCUGGGCCCCGUUCUCACAGGUCAGCCACCAGUCAAGAACCCUAAUAGGAGAUGA